AUGGAGAGGCCCAGGGAAGGGCACAUGCACCGAAGAAAUCGACAAGCCCAGAAAGAGGCUUCUAUCCACGAGAUAGAUACCAUAUUUGGAGGCCCGUAUGUUGGCGGUGAAACACGAAACACCAAAAGGAAUUACGUCCGGGAGGCUAAACACCCCCCUUUGGCAAGCUACAUUGUGGACAGCAGCUCUCGGAGGAACCAAGUUUCACCCAUUGUCUUCACCCAGGAAGACGCCGAAGGAGUUCACUAUCCCCACUGCGAUGCACUUGUUGUGAGAGCCGUUAUAGCUCGGAAUGGGUUCAAGCGAAUGUUAGUUGACAACGGUAGUUUAGUCAACAUUCUAUUCGGAUCCGCCUUUGAUAAGAUGAUAUUGGAUCAUCAGUUGACACCCACUACAACUUCUCUAUACGAAUUCACCGGAGAUAGCAUCACUCCAAGGGGAAAGAUAACACUCGCCGUGGAGAUGGGAGAUUCUUUCCAAACUAUGAUGAACUUCAUGGAGAACCUCAUUGUCGACAGUCGAUCGGCCUACAAUGGGGUAGAGCCUCGAGACAUCCAUGUAAUCAUAGCCGAUAUAGUCAUGGCUGAUGUCCCAGGUAAAGCUCCCACUGAACCAGAAGAUAUCGAUAUGAUUGAUGCACCACCCAACUCGGAGGUAUUGGUUAUUGAUGAGAUCGAUCCCUGCAUAAUUGAACUUGAGCCUCAAGCAUCCCCAGUUGAGGAACUUGAAAGCUUCUCCGUAGACCCCCGAGACCCAUCCAAGGUGCUAAAAGUAGGCAAGGGCUUAUCCAACAUUUUAAAGGAAAAGAUUAAAGAUUUCUUUAGUCAAAACAUUGAUAUCUUUGCGUGGAAGCAUGAGGAAAUGGUGGGCAUAGACCCCAAGUUCAGUUGCCACCACCUGAAAAUCGAUCCUAAGGUUGACCUGUACAGACAAAAAAGGAGAGCCCUCAAUCCUGAAAGGUAUGAGGCUCUGAAGGAAGAGGUUCAGAAGCUCAUCCAAAACGACUUUAUCAGGGAGGCUACCUAUCCGAGCCAACCUGGAGAAAUUGAGGCCCUAUACAAGAUGAGGUCCCCCCAAAAGCCAAAGGAAGUGCAAAGUUUGAUCGGGCGAGUGGCCACACUUAACCGCUUCGUCUCCAAAAUUACAGACAAAUGCCUCCCAUUUUUCAAAGUACUGAAAGUUGGGAAGAAAUUUCAAUGGAACGAGGAAUGUGAAGAAGCCUUGCAAGGCCUGAAAAGGCACCUCGGGCAGGCCCCCCUCCUCUCCAAACCGAAGCCCGGUGAGACCCUACAGCUAUAUCUAACCGUUUCCAAUGAGGCCAUCAGUUCGGUUCUAACCCGAGAAGAGGGACCACCCAACUCCCCAUUUACUAUACAAGUACUCCAAAAACCCGAUGCCUCAGGAAGAUUGUUGAAGUGGGCAGUAGAGCUAAGUGAAUUUGAUCUCGUGUUCAAGGCUGGGGCAGCCCUCAAGGGUCAAGCCUUGGCUGACUUUGUGGCAGAAUUCACCAACUUACCCGAGGUAGAUGAAAUCAUAGAACCCAUCGACCCGCCUACGUGGAACUUAUUCGUGGAUGGGUCUGCUGGAGACGCCGGCUCAGGUGCUGGAGUAGUCCUCAUUAGCCCUGAAGGUCACAAGCUAAACUCAACGGUGAGGUUCGGGUUCAAGGCUACCAACAAUGUAGCAGAAUACGAGGCACUACUUGCAGGCCUCAGGCUGACCAAGGAAAUGCAAGUAAAGAGGCUCCUCAUCAGUAGUAACUCCCAGCUGGUUGUUAGCCAAGUAAAUGAUAACUUCUCCACCAAGGAUAAAACGAUGACCUCCUACUUGAAAAUGGUGAUGAACCUCAUCCCAUCCUUUGACAAAUUCGAACUAACCCAGAUCCCUCGCAUCGAAAAUUCUCAUGCGAAUGCACUCUCCAAGCUCGCUAGUAGCAAGGAUUCAGAACUUCUCAUGGUACUUCCCACUGACAAGCUUGAGGCCUACAAGUUAAGGAGGAGGUCAGCCCACUUCCUUUUCAUUGAUAAUGUUCUCUAUAAGAGAAGCUUCUCCUCCCCACUCUUACGAUGCGUCGGAGGAGAAGAGGCUAAUUACACAUUAAGAGAGGUCCAUGAGGGCGUGUACGGCAAUCACUCCGGAGGUCUAUCUUUAGUGCAAAAAAUAUUGAGGCAAGGGUACUACUGGCCUAUCCUGAAAAGGGACACCCUCGAGUUUGUACGAAAGUGUGACAAAUGCCAACGAUUCUCUUCGGCAAUUCGAAACAACAAGAAGGUCAGAGCACUAUGCGAGGAACUCGGCAUCAAGAAGCAUUUCUCCACGCCUCACCACCCACAAGCAAAUGGCCAGGUUGAGGCUGUCAACAAAACAAUCAAACAUGUCCUAAAAAGGAAGCUUGACGUGUCAAAGAGGGCUUGGGUGGAUGAGCUACCACAAGGACUUUGGGCGAUCCGAACCACCACGAGGACCCCAACCGGGGAAACACACUUCCUUAUGGCAUUUGAAACUGAGGCAAUGAGCCCCGUUGAGGUCGGACUCCCAUCUCCAAGACGUCUGCAUUUUAGUGAGAUGAUAAACGACGAGCUUAGGAGGUGUGACCUCGACUUCAUUGUUGAAAGAAGCGAUGACUCCCAGUCGAAGCUCGGUACAUAUCAAAGGAAGAUGUCGAGGUACUUCAACUCAAAGGUAAAGAAGAGAUCAUUCUGA